GCAGUGUGAAUAGCGAUGGCGGAUACUACAGAAUCUACAGAUUUGUUUAGUCGACUUGACAAAAGAGUGCGGGCUUGACGUUCGCGCCUAUUUUUGUAUUAGGUACGGUUGUUUUACUUUAUAAAAAGUUUAAAACUUCGUAUAAACAUUAUGUGAAACUAAGUAAAGGAUUGGGAAAACUUUAGUGAUGUGAUUUGUAAUUGUGUGAAACUUUCUGAAAACUUGUUGGUGGUUUUUUAAAUUAUUUCGUAAGAUGAUUUGGGAAACAAUGUUUUGGACUGUCUUCGCUUUGAUAACGGCUGCAGAGGCGUGCAUGAUGGGUGAUCAAUGCGACUGGACCGGCAGCGGUCUCUCCUACACGUCCUCUCAAGAGCGAGGGGUGACUCCAGUCUACCUGCGAUGCCGCGAGGGGGCAGUCACCUGGAUGUACCCGCGGGGGGCGCUGCGGCUGCUGUUCCGCCCCCCGCUGCCGGGCGACGAGCGGGACUUCUCCGUCUGCGUCCGGGUCAUCCGGAGGGACGACCCGCCUGACCUGUUCCGGGAGGUGGAGAUUGGGGCGGAGGAUAUUGAAGUAGUGAAGCCGCAGCGUUUCCCGGCGCGUCUGUUCGUGGAGAGCCCGCACAAGCUGGUGCCGCUGUACGCCCCCGACGACGGCGACCCGCGCGAGCUGCGCUGCUUCCGGAGCCGCAAGGGACGCGCCGCACUCUACGUCGAGGCCGAACCAGAGGAGGGACCCACCAAGAGAACCGCCACCCUCAGAUACGAAGCCCGCCCCCUAAAUAGAAGGCACUACGACCCCGCCACCGCAGACUGCAGGCCCUGCUCCGAAGCGGAGAUGGAACUCGCCUUCUGCACCAGCGAUCUAGUAUCCCGCGGCAUAAUCGUGGGCAGUGAGAAUCGCCUGGACCUGGACAGCACCCAGCUGACGCUGCGGGUGACCAAGCUCAUCCGCGCUCUCGGCAGAGAAGAGGACCCCCGGGAUGAGAAGCCACAGGAUGACGAUGAAUAUUACAGAUACGACACGGAGAAUCGUCUCGACACGACGACUCACAGGAACCACAGGCGGCGGCGGAAAGAGCGCUCCCUACACGCACACGUUCACGUGGCGUCAGCGUGCGGCGCCGCGCAGGGCUCCGGAGAGUUCCUCGUCAUGGCACGACGGAGGCUCGGCCGGUACUCACUGGUCUGCGCGCCCAGAAUAGAAGACUGGAUCGACCUGGUCAAGAGAAGAAAAGCCGACGGCAGCGCCUAUUGCGUUCUACAGCAUUGAAUGGUUUUGAACGUAACGGUUUUCAAAAUGGCGGCGUGUGGUUGGUUGUGGACUUUAAGUUUGUUGUUGUAAAUAUAAGGUGAUGAUUGUAAGAUAUGGGAGUAUUGGUGUUGAAAUGUUUCAGUGUAAAUUGGUACAUAGAAAGUAAAGUUAUUACCUAUUAGCUUGCCAUAUAAUAGCUUGUUUCAAAAUGCAAUAAUGUACAAAUGUAUUUAGUUACUGUAAAUAGUUAUAACAGAGAAAUACAUAUAUGCCUAUUUAGUUAGUAGAGAAAAGUGUGGUCCAGAGUGCCAAAUUGUAUAAGAUCUUCAUUCAUAGAUGUAAGGUUGAUCUCAACUGUACAUAUUUUUAAUAUAAAAGAGUUUAAAUACCGUAACAUUAAGGUAAUAUAGACCGAUAUCGCACAAAACUUGGUGCUGUUACAGUUAUGAUAACAAAUAACUUAAGUAUUUCAGUUCUUCCGUUUAAAAAAUGAUAUGUAAAUAGUUUACAAUUGAUGAAUAUAUAUUUGGAUUGAUAGAAACAUAAUUAUAUUUUGCUUUAUAUACCUACGUAAAAAGACGAUGUAAAAGUAGUGAUAUCGUAUAAGGUGCGAUAGUAGAUUGUUCUCAAUAAUAUAUUUUAAUGCUUAGUAGUUAAGACGAUUUGUGAUAUAGAAUACAAACAACGAUUAUUAACUUGAAAGUGCCUAUUGUAAAUAUAGAUGUUUCGUCUGCCUAGUUUUAAAAGAAAAGUCCUACCUUAACUACAUCAUAGUAUAAUGUGGCUUUGACACAGUGAACUUUUCUUUGUAAACAAGGUAUAAGAAACAUUAGGAUAUUGCAAGAAAAAGUUUAUAAAUAUAUGUGUAGUGAAAAGAGCUGUUGAAUAAAAACAUUCAAAAUAUUAUAA